AUGCCACUGCAGAUCCUUAUAUAUCCAAAUAAACAAUCAAGAUUCAAGAUACAAACUCCUUACAACAAGAUAAUGAAGCUUUCUCAAUCGAAGACCUUGACGUUGCUGAUGCUUGUGCUGGCGAUGGCUGCUCUGGUGCAGGAAAGCAAGGGCCAUCCCUGUGGGAGCACCUUCUUCGCCACCCUUGUUCAGCUCAUACCUUGCCGGGCAGCAGUCGCUCCAUUCAGCCCUGUUCCUCCCAACGAGGCUUGCUGUGCAUCAAUCAAAGCUCUGGGGCAGCCCUGUCUGUGUGUGCUCAUCAACGGCCCCCCUAUAUCUGGCGUUGAUCGUAGCAUGGCCAUGCAGCUCCCGGAUAAGUGCACUGCCAACUUUGAACCAUGUGAAAUUUCAAAAUAAGAAGCUUUAGAGCCUGGAACAAGUGCAAGAAUAAGUCUGUGUAGGGCUACAACCUUGAGCCUGGGUGUAGUAUGGGCAACUGCUAGCUGUAAUGUGGUCAAAUAAGCAUAUCUAAGGAAAUUGUAAUAGUUUGAUUUAUCAUGUUUAGAUUUGUUCCAGUUAUUGUUGUCUUCUUUUGUCA